UGGCUGCGGAAGCGCGUCAGCUCGGGCGGCUCCUUGGCUAGCGUGGUUCCCAUCGCGGCGGACCGAGUAGCGCCUCGCGGACGCAACUAUGUGGGCGCUGGGGACCUGGGUGCUGCUGGGCGCCGUGUGCGCGGGUUCUGCCCAGUUGCAGUUCAAUGUAACCAAGUCUGUUGAACAAACCGCUUGUAAUAAAACAGUCAUCCUACCUUGCAUAGUGACUAAUCUAAUAAAGAACAAUAUUCAAGUCAUUUUUGUUAAAUGGAAACUAGAAAAAAAAGCAUUUUUCAUUUUUGAAGGAUCCACAGGAAAGAUCAACAGAAAUGAGAGUUUUUCAUCUGCUGCGUUAGAAUCUCCACAAAAUUUAACGUCGGGCAUUGCCUCAUUGACAAUCUCAAAAACGCAAGCAGUUCGAGGAAACUACAGUUGUGAAGUGACAGAAUCGAGUAGGGAAGGAGAAACUGUAAUUGAACUUAUAUACCAUAGAGUGCCGUGGUUUACACCGGUAGAAAAUAUUCUCAUCAUACUCUCCAUGGUCUUGGCUAUUUUGUUUUAUUGGAUUCAGUUAGCCGUUACUGUAUCAAAAUUUGAAACUACACUUCUGAAGAUCGGCUUAUUUAUUGCAGGAGUCGUCAUCACAAUUUCUGCUGUUGUUGGUUUUAGUCUUUUAAUUUCAGAUGAUUUUAAGCCAGAGAAUCAAAUUGGACUUGGCUUAAUUGUACUCCCUGCUGUGAUUUUAGUGCCAUGUCAGUACUUUCUGCUUCAGAUAGUUUAUGAGAAUAAUCUAUUGUUUGCAAUUGGUGUGGUAAUUCUGGAAUCACUUGGUUAUUUGAUUGCUGUCAUCGGAUUUGGCCUGUGCAUUACAGCAUGCCGCCCGAAAAAUGGUGCUGUCGUGAUUGCUGGCUUAGCCAUUAUGGCUCUUAUUGCACUUGUAGGCCUAAUUUAUGCGAUUCUUUCGGGUUACAGCAAGAAAGAACAACCUCCCAGGAAAGCUGUAGAAGAACCACUUAAUGCGAAAGUAACUGGCGAGAGUGACAGAAUCUGCUACAGAGGUGGUGAUAUGUGAAAAGAAAUACAUUUGUUUAUACACCGUGGCCUUUGAUGAUGCACUAGUCAAAGAGAAGAAAAUCAGGAACGUAGCUAUUUUGCACGUUUGGGGAAAAAAAAUGCUAAAAUGAUUUACAUGUAAUUUUAUAGUCACAGCAGCGGUAGUUCCAUUCAAGAGAGAGAGUUUUGUUGUUUUUUUUUUUCCUGGAGUGUGUAGGGAGGGGGAGGAGGAGAGCAGAAAAUGCACUAUUUAUCGACCACGCAAUUUCUUUAUAGUGUCAAUAUUAGUGGUACCCUUUUCAAAAAACAUCAGUCAUCGCUUUGAAACUGGGCCAGGUCAGUGACCAAAUGAUACUAGCACUAUGCUACUUGGACAGACCUUUGUGAUAAUUUAAACAAAUUGGUAUUGCAUGUUUCUCUCCUGACUCACCCUCUCUCCCCUCAAAUAUUAAAAAAAAUCCACUGUCGCUACUAUGAAGUUUAAUAUGAUAAAGGUUGUAAUUACAUUUAGAUUAGUGGGGUUUUGCGUGUGCAUGGGCAAGAUAUGUUCAUGCCUAUAUGGUAUGAAUAGGAAGUGGAUGUUGUACAAAUGUUACUCUUUCCACUUCCAGUGUAUGUAUUAUAGAAAACAAUGGCACUUACCACACUGAAAAAACCUGCAUAAACAAAACCACGCCUUUUUUAAUGAUUACCCAAGUUCCCCCCACUCCCACAUACUAUAAUAGUCUUCUUGUAUAUAUAGUAGUUGUGUGGUGUGCUUUGAUUACUGAUAUUUUAGUCUGAUGUUUUUUGUGCCUCUUGUUGUAGUCUUGAUUAAAUAUUACUCACUCCGAGUCAAAUUCAGCGCUACGGUUGUUGGACACAACCCAUUGAUUUCAUUGUUGAAGGGUACCCUACAAUGUUCAUAUGGUAUAGUCUGUGGUACCGAAACCAGUCUCAGGCUUUCUCCUUUGCAAACUGGCAUUUAAGAACCUCUUGAUGCUUUCAGAAAACGGAGAAUAAUCAAAGUUAGCAGCAAAUCUGCAUUUUAAAUCUGCCUCUUUAUU